GGAACCUCUAGCAGCAUGAGAUCUAGGGCUGGUAGACAUGGCCAUGAUGAUCACCAUCCACCUCCUCAUGACAAGAGGUCCUCUCACCGUGCACGGAGCCCUUCUCCUCCACCGCAGAUACACAUUCAGACCCACACCUCCUCGCAAAGCUCCAUAGAGUCUUCUGAGUCAGGCCGGCUCUCUGUGGGAUCAACAGGACGAAACAGGGAGGAGUACGCUGCGAUAGCUGACCUGCCAAAGGUCAAAAUAAUCCAUCAGAAGGAAGGACCGGGCCACAUGGGACGGCCACAGAGUCAACAGCCUGUCCGAAGACAGGAACUGUUUAAACCAGCCAGUCACUCCCUGAGCAGGCAUCCCUCCAUAGAGUGGGAUGAUCCUGGCGAUACAGAUAAAGACUGGCACUAUGGGGGCAGUGGAUAUCUAUCUCGAGCUCACUCCACCACAUCACUGCAGAGAUCAGGCAGUCCCACGGCAGAUGAGGGCUGUUUGUGGAAAAGUAAUCAUCACAGGUCGGAAGAAAUGCAGCCCGACCUCUUGAACUUCAAAAAGGGAUGGAUGUCAAAACUGGACGACUGCGGAGAGUGGAAGAAGCACUGGUUUGUUUUGACAGACGCUGGGCUGAAAUAUUACAGAGACUCGACUGCAGAGGAGAAAGACGACGUGGAUGGAGAAAUUGACCUGAAAUCUUGCCUGAAGGUGUCUGAGUUCAACGUGGAGAAGAACUAUGGCUUUCAGAUUCAGACUCGGGAGGCUGUCUUCACUCUGUCGGCCAUGACGGCCGGGAUCAGACGAAACUGGAUCGAGGUUUUAAAGAAAUCCAUCCGGCCCAGCAGCUCUCCUGACCUCACGCAAUUACCCGACAACAACAGCGACAAGGAGAACUCCCAUAAACGCUUCCCGUCGUCUUCUCGCCGCCCCUCGUCGCGCCACGCCGACUCCCAGUCAGAGACCCCGAGCUCGGCCCAUUCUGCCGAGCGAAGGUUCGACUACGUAGAACUGUCUCCUGUUCCCGCCUCCUCCUCCGCCCCUCUCCCAUCCAGUCAGCGGGAAGCAGGGGAGGGGCAGGGCCGAGAGCACAGCCAAUGGCAGGAGGAGAGGAGCACGUGCAGCCAAUGGGAAGCCGUUCUGUCGCGGAAGGGCUCGGGGCUGGGAUCGAACCAGAAGUCCCACCUGGACGACGAGAUUGAGAGGAAGUGGUCCGAGUUGGAGCGAAUGCCGCCGAAGGACAUGAGCUCCUUGUCGUCGAUGGGAUCGCGGACGUCUAGCCAGUCGGCCAACGAGGCGCUGCAGAGGGAGGUGGCGUCACUGAGGCAACAGCUGGAUAAACUACAACAGGGGGGACGGGAAGGGAGGAGGGGUGGAAGUGUGAGCGGCGACUGCGGCCCUGAGGCGCCGUGCAGCCGCAGCCUGGCGGCCAUGGAGCGCGCUCACAGACACGCGCUGGAGGAGCUGCAGAGGCAGCAUGACCGCCAGAUGAGGGAGCUGGAGACGGAGAAGGAGCGGCUGCUGCUGGAGGAGACUCGGGACACGGCGCGAGUGAUGGAGGCUUUGAAGAAGAAACACAAGGAGGAGCUGGAGAGAGAGGUGGAGAAGGUCAGGAGGCUGAGCAGCGGGAAGUUGGACUCUCUCACUCUGCAGACACAACAACAGGCUGAGAUGCUGGCCUUGCAGAGAGAGCUGGCCGGUCUGUCGGAGCGCUACUCUCAGAAGUGUCUGGAGCUGAACAAAGCGGACCAGAGAAACGCCGAGAGAGAAAGGGAAGUCAGCCACAGAGAGAGAGACAUGGAGCAGCUGAAGAAAGAAAACGUGGAGUUGAAGGGCCGCUUGACGGACGAGAUGAGCCGAACGCGAUCCGCGGACAGAGGCUCAGCGGACCACAAAGACAAGACGUCCUGCGAACUGGAGGUUCUCCUCAGAAUGAAAGAUAACGAGAUAGAGUAUCUGCACAAGGAGAUCAGCUGUCUGAGGAAUGAGCUUCAGUUUCUCAACAUGGAAAAGCAUCUGGCCUGUGAGCGAUAUGCAGAGCUGCACGGAGAGCUGAACGGGAUGAGAGGCCGCACGGAGCGCGAGAUCCAGAGUCUGAAGGAGCACCUGAGGCUGGCCAUGGCCGCCCUGCAGGAGGGGCAGAAGCUGGGCAACAGCCUGGACCACUGACUAGCCGCCGGGCUGGAGUCGGACCGCAAUUUUUAUUUUUUAUAUUAUUAUUAUUUCAACCUUUCUUUGUUCCCGGACUUUAGUUUUUCAGCCUGCAGGGCGGCUGGAUCCAAAGGAAGUACCCGCGCAGAACUUUUACAGCCGUGCGUCGGAACUCGAACGCGUCUUCCAAGCCGAUUUGCCAACGAGUCGUUUUGUCGGCUUCAUCACACUGGGCCUUAAUUUGUACUUCACAAAACAAAAUAAAAAAUGAAAAAAUGAAAAGUGCACUUUUCACUUUUGGUUUUGCUCUUGGGAGUGCUAGCUUGUACCGAUGUGCAUUUGGUCUUACAACUGGAAUAUGUGAGUUUUUUUUUUUUUUUUUUUUUUUUAUAUUUCGUUG